ACGUCAGCGUCCUCUCCGCACAAAAGCCCUGCCCCCUUUUUUCAUGAGGAUUUCUCCUCCGCCAUCGUUACUUUACGUGUAAUCACGAUUACUAAAUCGGAUUACGAUACUUUUGUUGUGUUUUAACGAGGCCGUGCGAGUGUAGCGGGCGUCGGAAAUGGAUGUGGACCACCAUGAAAGCAGCGGCGAGACCAAAUCGGCCAUUAAUACUUGGCGUUAUCGCCACCAUUUCACGUACAAGGCAGAUCAGGGGAAAAAUAUCAUCGUACAGUGUAAUCUGUGCCUGCCGAGGGUCAAUCUGCUGUCCACGUCGAAAACCUCCACAUCAAACCUAAAGAAGCAUUUAGACAGAACUCAUUUGGGGUGUGAAGCCAGGCCUGAUGCCAAGAGGGGAAGGAAGAAAGAGGAGUACAACGGCGAGGAAAGUAGACACUGUCAGCUCAAGAAGCUCAAAGCUGAGAUCAUUUCCAAAUGUAUAACUCAAUCUAAGAUUGAUGAGUUCAUCUUUAACUUCAUCGUGGAGGACUGCCAUUCGUUUUAUGUGCUGGAGCAGCCGGGCUUCAGGAAGCUGAUUGCUGGUUUGACUGAGGGGUUAAAGGUCAUGGACCGGGUGACUCUGUUCACAAAGGUGGAUCAGAGUUUCUCCAGGAUGCGAGAGGAGCUGAUGUCCAAGCUCAGCAGCAUCCAGUACGUGUGCACCACGGCGGACAUCUGGACAGCCAACAACAGGAGCUUCUUUGGGAUGACCUGCCACUGGAUCGACACUGAGUCCCUGGAGAGGAAGUCCGCCGCCCUAGGGUUUGUGCGCCUGCAGGGCAGGAUCACAUACGACGCCAUAGCCGGGCGGAUACACGACAUCCAUGUGACGUACAAUUUGGAGAGUAAAGUCCAGACUACAGUCACGGACAACGGCAGUCCAUUCGUCAGCGUGUUCAGAGAGUUUGCCGUGGACACCACGGAAACCGACGACGACAUUGGCUUCUACGAGAACGUGAGUGCCGUGCUGGAGGGCGAGCCGGAGCAGGACAUGCUUCUGUUCCUGCCCUCCGUGCAGCGCUGUGCGUCGCACACCCUUGAGCAGAUCGUCAACGAGGACUUUUGGCAGGCUGUGUCCCAGGGGCCUAUGUGCCAGCUGUUCUACAGCGCGAUGGCAAAGGUGUUCGCCAUGUGGAACAAGUGCCACCAUCUCCAGGUUGGACUGGACGCCGCAGAGGAAAUCGGGAAGAUGGCUCUUGCCGUCCCAGCUGUUAUCCGCUGGAACGUGGAGUACUGCGCGGUGCAGAAGAUAGUGUCUUUAAGCGAGCGUGAGCUGACGGAGCUCUGCGCCCGCUUGGAGGUCCCGCGCCUUCUGGCGGAGGAGCUCUCUUUCCUCAAGGAGUACGUGACCGUCUUCCACCCACUGGCGUUCGCACUCGAACUCUUCCAGGCGGAGCAGAAGUGCUACCUGGGACUCGUCAUUCCCACCGUUCUCAGCUUGAAGAACAAGCUAAACGAGCAGAAAGACGCCGCCAACUAUUUCAGCGACGUCAUCAAGAGCAUCGUGGUGGCCAUCGAGGUGCGCUUCCAGGAGCUGUUCACCAGCACGGAGGCGAAAAUCGCCACCGCCACCACUCCCCAGUUUCGCCUGUGGUGGAUGGCGGCCUCCGAGCGCGAGGAGAUGUGCUCCCUCCUGGCCACCGAGGCAUCCCAGAUGGAUCCCUGCAGCACCACCGAGGCGAACACCAGCCGCAGCCUGUCCACCAUCAAAUCAGAGGACGACUUCUUCAGCUACGGCUCCGCCAAGACGACCGUCAAGAUCCAGCAGUGGGGGGUGACGGAGGAGGUCCGCAAGUACGUCGAGGGAACGGGGAAGAGCCUGGAAUGCCUGCAAGACUUCCCGAGGGUGAAGCAGCUUUUCCUGAAGUACAACACCACCCUGCCCUCCACCGCCCCCGUCCAGCGCCUCUUCAGCCAGAAAGGCAACCUGGUCACGUCACAGAGGAACUCUCUCACCGACGACUACUUUGAACGCAUCCAACUUUUAAGAUACAACAGCAGCGUUUGUUCCUUAGUAGCAGAGUGAAGGUUUUUUUUUUGCAAUUACUUGAACAAUCAAAACAGAUCACAGGAAAAACCAGAUGAUUCCGUAAAUUCAGGCACUUUAGUUCAAAUGUGUUUUCUAAUGAUCUUGUCGAGCGCAAACAUCUCCCUCCACAAAGGCCUACGACUGACUGACAAUCAGAAUGAACCGACUGAUAAAAGCAUCUUUUCUAUCCACUGUUGUUGUGACGGAUUUUUUUGUUUUCCUUGAGCUAGUAUGUAUGUUUUCUACAGCUGUUCAAUGAGAAUGUAUGCUUGGUUUGCAUAUUUUAUAUCACACACACAUAAAUAUAUAUGUAUAUAUCAAA